CCCCCAAACCCCCACACCCAGCAGCCAAGGAUCACACGGGCUGCCUCUCAGGUCGGAAAGCGCAAAAGAAGAAGCAGAAGAAGAAGCAGAAGAAGAAGCAGAAGAAGAAGAAGAGGGGGAGAAUCGGAGAAAGAAACCGACGCGCCAGUGAUUCAGUGAUUCAUCCGCAGUUUCCAGGCUGCGCGCAGGUGGAGGCGAAGAGGAGAGCAAACAGCCGCUCGGGACGGAUCUGAUGAAGCAGUCAGGGAUGUUCAAUAGGCGCAAGAUUUGAAACAAAAUAUCAUUUUUAAACCACAUAUAUAUAUAUAUAUAUAUAUAUAUAUUAAUUUUUAUAUAUAUAUAAAAUUUCCAGCAUCUCUAUUGAGAAUUUCGGAGCUACAAUCGCCUUCCAGACAGGAAAUAAAAGAAAAAACGAGCAAAAAAAAAAAAAAAAAAAAAAGUUUGACUCCUUUAAAGAAAAAGGAAAAAAAGAAAAGAUGCUGCUCAGCUCCGCUGCUGUUUUUUCACGCACUGCUGUGGAUUUCAGCGUCAGCGUAAGUGGCCAGUCAUCACUUGAGAAAUAGCUCCGAUUCUUUCGCUCUUUAACUCCGGUGCCAAUUACAGCAGAAGGAGGGGAGCCCUGCUUUUUUUAAAAUUAUUAUUCCAAUUAUUCAUUUUUUUUUUUUUUUUUUUUUAUAAAUAUUGUUAUUAUUAUUAUCCUCAUCGCGGCGCAACGCCUGUCUCCUUGGCCGGGAUUUGCAUCCAUCUGAAUUACUCCGUUAUGGACUUCCUCGGACUGUACUUUCUUCAUCUGGCUCUCAUCGGAGUCCCACACGCGGUUCUCUCCGCAGGCGGGAGGGACUGCCUGCACGCCGGAGACACCUGCUCCAGCGAUGACACCUGCAGCCCUCGCCUGCGCACCCUCAGGCAGUGCGUGGCGGGAGACGGCAGCAUGAAGCUGGGGCCCGGGGCGCGGAGCCAGUGCGAGAACGCCAUGACGGCGCUGCUGUCCACCCCUCUGCACGGCUGCCAGUGCAAGCGAGGGAUGAAGAGAGAGAAGAACUGCCUGAGCAUUUACUGGAGCCUUCACCAGUCGGUGCUGCACGGACUGAGUCUGGUGGAGAGCUACCCCUAUGAGCCAGAGGAGAGAGGCUCCGACUACGUUCGUCUGGCUUCCAUCGCUGCAGAGUCUGAGGUAACGACAGUGAACCGUUGCCUGGAUGCCGCCAAGGCGUGCAACAUAGAUGAGACGUGUCAAAAGCUGCGCACAGAGUACGUCUCGUCCUGCAUCCAGCCGUCGGCCCGCUCGGGGCCAUGUAACCGACCAAAAUGCAACAAGGCGCUAAGGAAGUUCUUUGACCGCGUUCCCCCCGACUACACCCAUGAGUUGCUGUUCUGUCCCUGCACCGACACAGCCUGCGCCGAGCGCCGCAGGCAAACCAUUGUGCCGUCCUGCUCGUACGAAGAAAAGGACAAGCCUAACUGCCUGGCUCAGCUGCGAGACUGCAAACAAGACUACGUGUGCAGGUCCCGCUGGGCACAGUUCCAGUAUGACUGCGAAGCGUCCGAGCACAGCGCCAGUGGCUGCAAGAGGGAGAAUCAUGGAUCAUGUCUACUCGCAUACACUGGCCUAAUAGGAAGCACAAUAACUCCCAACUACCUUGACAACUCCACAUCCAACGUGGGACCCUGGUGCUCCUGUGCAGCAAGUGGCAACCAUAGGGAACAAUGCAAUGACUUCUUGGCCUUUUUCCAUGACAACGUUUGUCUGAAAAACGGCAUCUUAGCAUUCGGGAAUGGAUCUGACGUGAAAACGGGCGCCAGUCAGCCUGGGAUGUCAAGUCCGGCGACGGACAGCCACAGUCCGCACUUGGCAACCACCGCCCCGGGCGUCUCCAUGGAAACAGAGCAGAACGUUCUGCGAGCACAGAUACCUACUCAGGUAAAUGGGAAUGACAGACUGUGGGGCGACGAGGGAGACUCCACUCUUCCCUCUCCGGGCCUUUUGGAUCAUGGCCCUGAGCCCGUCCAUCUCUCUAUGCUGCUCAUCCUGGGCUGGCCCAUCCUGGUGCUGCUCUCCCAGCCGUAGGAGGCGUCCCUUUAAUGACCUUUAUGGACUGCGCUGUUCAGAGCCGACAGGGAGGAGGGUUGGGGUGCGAGAGAGAAACGGCCAUUCCCGAGUGUCCGACGGCGGUGUGGGGGGAAGAAGAGUGAGCUCUGUCCUGCCCCACUCCCCUCUCCCUGUCACACACCGGAAACCCACCUAAUCUUUUUGUGAAUCAUGACUCAAGAGUGGAUGUGUUGUGAAGGAUGCGUCAUGGACAGGACCACAGGAGAGGGUGUCACCACUGCACCACAGAGUUCGGAAGGGGGGGGAAAAAAAGAAAGUUCCACGCAUCAUUCCCUGCUGCACACCAGGCCAACUUUUACGGAAAAAACACACACACACACUUCUCUCAGCUGCAUAUCUGCGGAGAACAAGGCCAACAGGUUCAGAAAGUGUACAGUGAAGAGACACUGAGGAUGCAGUGACCGAAAACAUUACAAAAUAUAAAUAUAUAUAUAUAUAUAUAAAAUAAAACGAAUAAAUGAUUUUCUUUGUUCUUGAACAUUCCUUGAUGUAAAAAAGAAAGCAUUCAAUGUAAGAGACUCUUCUCUCAGACGACGUCUUACACGAGAUUUAAGGUGGAACGUGUGUGUUUGUCCACAUGCAGCGCUCCGCCCGUUUAGCUGCGCUCCUUAUUUUUGAUGCCACAUAUUUUGUUUUAAAGAGUUGUUACCAGAAAUGUUAGCUAGAAGCACAUGUUAUAACCCGAGUCAAACCACAGUGAGAUUCUUUGACUGUCCGUGGUCGUGUUUUGAGUUGAAGGUCGAAGAGUUCAGUUCCAAGAACAAUGAAAAUGUUUACCUAAAAUUAUGCUAACGUUAAACAAAAUUAAGAUCUGUCUGCAUUUAAUACUGUUAAUUGUGGACCAACUGUAUUUUUUUUAAAGAGCCUUAUUCAAAGUCUUAAGACUGGGAAGGAAACUACAAGUUAUGACAUUUUGUUCUGAUGGAUCAGAACCAGGCUGCAAGCUGUGGUUAAAGGCUUUGAAAAAAACUAACAGGAGUGAUAGACAAAAUAGAGAAGGCAAAUUACUCUACACUCCAUUUAAAGCAAGAUUUCUCAUCAAUUGAUCAAAAGGGUAAAACUGUUGCCUUAUAAAGUGUCGAUGUGCAUCUGAAUCUGGUUCCACAAUAUCUUCUGUCAGGCCCCUGAUAGCAAAGGCAGAAAGUUUUGUCUCUGAAAUCAGGCAUUAUCGCCAUUCUUUAAAUGGAGAUAAUUGGUCAGAAUUGCUGAGAUGAACAAGCAGUACAUCUUGAAUUUCUUCAUGAAAUAUAAUAAUCAAGGGACAAAAACUGUAAGUAAGGCUGAAAGGGGGCGGGGGAGGGAAAGUACUUGUUCUGAGUCAAAGGAUCCAUUAGAACAUCCACAAAAACACAAGCGGUUUCUCAACCCAGCUUUAGGUCCAAUGGUUGGACCUAUAGCUGUCCACAGAUAGCUACAGCUCCACUACUGCCAUCAGGCAAAGUACGUCUCUAAGGAAUACAGCGUCCAUCUUGGACCAUCCAACACGUUCCCCUGGUCUAAAUCCCAUUAAGAAGAUUUGGGGAAGGCAAAGCAGAUUUACAAAAAUGAAUGUCAGUUCCAGAACAAUAAUAGGUUCCCUUUGUGAAGCGACCUUUGACACAGGGAGCAAUUUACUGGAAACGUAUCAAGCAUGCCAAAUAUAAGAAAUGAAUUACUAGGAGCUGUGGGGUUACUUGCUGUUUAGAACAUUGACACAAAGUUCUGUUUGGGUUUUUUGAACUUUUAAGCUUAAUGCAGAUAUUUGAUUUGUCUAUUUAAUCUUGCUCCUGUUUCUUCUGUUUGCAUUUUGAAGCUCAACUUUCAACCUGGUAAUGGUCCACUGGGAUAAAUGUGAAUACUUACAACUUUUUGUUUUUUUAGGCUUUGGAUUAAGAGUGUAUGAGUAGAUGCCCCCUUAUGUAAAUUUUUUAAUACCUCACUUUGGAAGGGAACUCUUCACACUUUCAUUCAUUAAGCUUUAAAUGUGAGGACUUUCGGUCUGUUUCUUUUCUGAUAUAUAAAAAAUACAAUCAAGUAAUUUUUUUCUGUGAAGCAGUAAGAGAUUGAGACAAGUUUAUAUUUUAUAAAUGUAUGUGAACUUUGUCGCAAAGACAACAGAUAUCUAUGAAAAGUUUACGAGCCGAUUUUGCUAUGGAAUCAGUGGGACACAGACGGGGGGCUCCAGGUGAAGACGCCCCCGCUGUCCGUGAAAUGAAAGCGGUGACCCGCGUCACCCGCCGCUCCCCUCUAGAGUCUUCGCUCAACGUGGGACAUCAAAAAAUAUUUUACCGUACGAUAAAACGGCACAGAACUGCUUUUUGGACUGGACAUUUCCAUCCUGAGUGGGAGUUCUUGGGCAAACUUUCCACUCUGCCAUCGAAUUCAGUGUUAUACUGUGAAUUGUCAAAUGAUCCUGGCAAAAGGCUGAAAAUGGCUGCCGAUAGACCCGAUCGAGCUCAAGCUGAGGAAACCAAACUGUUCGUUCCUGAUGACGUCAUAACAGCACAAAAAGUUUUUUGUUCUCACGAGUUCUACGAGAUGUGAUGCUCUGUGUCGCCCAUGUUUUCUUUUUUCUAAAUGAGACCAGAAAUGUGUUUUACAAAAAGAAUUAAAGCAGUUCAACAUGUAAA